GUUGUUUUCCCUGAACUGACCCAGUGACUCAUGAAGAGCUCAGUCAUUCUCAGGAAGCAGCGAAGCUUGAGAACUCUUUCAGACGAUCAGAAGAUGCUGUUUUUAUUUGAGGUCCUCUGCGUGGCGGUCUCUGUCGGCUCUGGUCUUUCUGAUGAUCCCCGAGACGAUCCAACAUUUCGUCGGCCAAACAGGCGAUUUGAGUUACCUCGACCCUCUGUACUACCUGUGGUACCUGUAAUAGAACCUUUCAGGCCUGGACUAGAACCCGUGUAUCCUGUAAUACCUGGGCCACCUGGACCACCUGGAAAACCUGGACCAGCUGGAAAACCUGGACCAGCUGGACCACCUGGAUUUCCUGGAGCUCCUGGAUUGCGUGGAUUUCCUGGACUGUCUGGGCCAAGUGGACUACCUGGAGCACCUGGAAGAGACGGGACACCUGGAAGAGAUGGAUUACCUGGAUCACCUGGUACUGAUGGCCAUCCAGGAGAAAAUGGUCUACCGGGACGUCCUGGAAAACCAGGCCUGCCUGCCGUGUGUCAGAAAGGUGAUGUUGACUUGGAAGCCCUACUGCGAAGGAUAACCAUGCUGGAACAGGUUAUAAAAUAUGAAUUUGUUCGAAAAGUUGGAGAGAAGUACUUCGUGUCCCACAAGCAGAGGGAGUCCUUCUCCACGGCCCUCCAGUUCUGCACAGACCAAGGUCUCCAGCUGGCUUUGCCCCAGAGCGAGGAGGAGAACAACGCUCUGACUCAAGUGUUUGGGGAUGUUUACAAAGCGGUUUGGAUCAAUGUCAACAACAAAAGAGCAGAUGGGAAUUUCAUGGUUGAUAUGAGUGGCAGACCCCUGACUUUUACCAAAUGGGCAGCGGGGCAGCCGGGUGCGGCGGCCGUACGGGACACGGGCUGCACCAUGCUGUCAGAGAGCGGCCUCUGGACGGUGACGCGUGAAUGUUUCCUGAAUGCCUUCGUCGUCUGUCAGUUAUAGAUGUACGUCAGUCUUCAAGGUGAUGAUAAACCUUAUAUUGAGUCACUUUUUUUCAUGAAGAAAAGCUUUGCACCACAUUAUCAACCAUUAUAAUCAAUUGACAGGAUAUUCAAGCUUUGCAAAUGAGGUCUUUGUAUUUCUUUGGAUCUGAACUACAGCAUGGUAUUAUUGUUAUUGCAUGGUCAUGAUUAUACAUGAAUAAAAUCAAAACAGUAGUGUGUUCUGAAAGUAUAUGCCACAAUA